CUUGCAGCUGCCAUGUAAAGAACCGUAGCAGCUGCUUAUGAUCUUGGAUGAUGUCAGAGAGGUCAAGAAGGUGGCAUUCCGGUGGGAGGGGAGAGGAGAGGUGUGGAUCUGCAGAAUUCUGCAGCUUCUCCAUCGCUGUCCCCAUCCACCACUGGCGUUAUCAUAACAGGGCAAUUCCAUCAAGGUCUUCUCAUAUCUGGACAGAGCUACAAGCACCAGGGAAUGUCUCAAAACUACAGGGUAAUUAUAGGAGUGAUAACAGUUUUUGACCACGAUGAGUUGGAGUUUCUUGACACGUCUAUUAGAGGAAAUCCACAACCACUCCACGUUUGUUGGGAAGAUCUGGCUGACAGUGCUGAUCGUAUUCCGCAUUGUCCUCACUGCUGUGGGAGGGGAAUCCAUCUAUUAUGAUGAGCAAAGCAAAUUUGUAUGCAACACGGAACAGCCAGGUUGUGAGAAUGUUUGCUAUGAUGCUUUUGCCCCCCUCUCUCAUGUGCGGUUUUGGGUUUUUCAGAUCAUCCUAGUCUCCACUCCCUCAGUGAUGUACCUGGGUUAUGCCAUUCACAAAAUUGCUCGGAUGGUGGAACAUGGUGAAACAGAGAGGAAGUUCCGGAGUAAGCCUUUCCCAAUGCGCUGGAAACAACAUCGGGGCUUAGAAGAGGCAGAGGAUGACCAAGAGGAAGAUCCAAUGAUGUACCCAGAGAUUGAGCUAGAGAGUGACCGGGAAAACAAGGAGUAUCCACCCCUAACCAAAGUGAAGCAUGAUGGUAGGAGGCGAAUUCGAGAGGAUGGGCUUAUGAAGAUUUAUAUACUACAGCUUCUAAGCAGGACUGUGUUUGAAAUUGGUUUCCUUGUUGGCCAAUAUUUCCUCUAUGGGUUUGAAGUUAGCCCCAAAUUUCUUUGUAGCAGGAAGCCAUGUCCACAUACAAUAGACUGCUUCAUUUCAAGGCCCACUGAAAAAACCAUAUUCCUGCUCAUCAUGUAUGGUGUGAGUAGUUUAUGUUUACUUCUGAAUAUCUGGGAAAUGCUUCACUUGGGAUUUGGUACCAUCCGGGACACACUGAACAAUAAGCAGAAAGAGCUGGAGGAUUCAGGGACCUAUAAUUACCCUUUUACUUGGAAUACACCAUCCGCCCCUCCAGGCUACAACAUUGCAGUGAAGCCUGACCAAAUACAGUACACAGAACUAGCUAAUGCUAAAAUAGCCUACAAGCAGAACAAGGCCAACAUUGCACAAGAACAGCAAUAUGGUAGCAAUGAAGAGAACAUUCCAACUGAGUUGGAGAACCUCCAGCGAGAAAUCAAAGUUGCUCAGGAACGCUUAGAUCUUGCCAUCCAGGCUUACAAUAAUCAGAACAACCCUACCUGUUCUAAGGAGAAGAAGCCCAAAGGCAGCUCAAACAAAAGCAGUGGCAGUAGCAAAUCAGGGGAUGGAAAAACCUCUGUGUGGAUUUGAUGCUGCCCACCUGGGAAUUACUGUCUUGCUACUUUCCCCUUGCAGUUUAUGCUGACUAGAAAAUGUAUUGAAUAAAAACUUCCUUUAAAUAAAUACUUACCUUUGUUUAAGUUCAGGGAUAUUUAGGG